AUGGAGGGCCCCUCGAGCCGGGUCACCCUGAACGUGGGCGGGCUGCGCUACCGCACCUGCCGCCGCAUCCUGGCCGCCUUCCCGGGCACCAAGUUGGGCGGGCUGGCCGACCCCGGGGCCGCGGCCCGCUUCGAUUACGACGCCCGCGCCGGCGAGUUCUUCUUCGACAGGAGCGGCCGCCUUUUCGAGCACGUGCUGCACCUCUGCCGCAGCGGCCACCUGCACGGCGCCACCACCGCCGCCGCCAAUUGCCGCGCGGCCCUGCGGACGGAGCUGGCUUUCUGGGGGCUCUCGGAGGCGCGGCUGCCCGCCUGCUGCUGGAGCGAGCUCUGCCCGGAGGCCGAGGAAGCCGAGGAGGCCGAGCAGGGCGGCCCCGUCCAGCAAGAGGACCGGCGUGGCCUGUUGGAGCGGGUCCCGCGCGGGACGGGCGGCCCGUGGGCGCGGUGGGCGCGGCCGGCCUGGGCGUUCCUGGAGGAGCCGCACUCCUCGCCCUGGGCCACGGGCUUUGCAGUCAUGUCACUGCUGUUCAAUGUUGCUAUCAUCAUCAUCCUUUGUGUCAAAGGAGGCCAACGUGAAGACUCCAUAGGAGACAGCAACUUCACCCACCCCCACAUCCACCACUUUUCAAUGGAGUUGUUGUGUCCCCAGAUACCUUCUCUCCUCCACCUGGAGCUUUUCUUCAUUCUCUGCUUUGUGGGUGAAUUUGCCAUUCGACUCGUUUCCUGCCCAGACAAAAAGAAAUUCUUUCAAAAACCCUUGAAUGUGGUCGAUUUCCUGGCACUUUUCCCAGUUUGCCUGGAUCUCUCUUUUAGCGGACAUGCACAGAAGCCUGAAGCUCUCCCGUGUUGGCUGAACUUGUUCCGUGUGAUGUAUAUCAUCAAACUCUUGAAGGUCUUCAAGCUGGUGGAAACCCCACUGAUGCUGAAAGUCUUCCCGUACAUGUUCAAGUCCAUCUUGAAGGAGAUUGCCAUCCUGAUGUGGGUUUUUCUUUUUGAAGUCCUUUUCUUUGGCACCCUCAUGUUGUUUGCCGAAUUGAUCGAGGAUCACUCAGAUUCAGUGCUUCAUGACAUUUUCUCAUCCUUCUGGUGGGCUGUGACCACCUUGACCACUGUAGGCUAUGGUGAUAUGGUUCCCAUCCGUCCAGCUAGCAAAGUGAUUGGAGCCUGUACGGUGCUUUGUGGCUUGCUAACCAUCAUUAUCCCCAUUCCCAUCUUUUUUAUAAAAUUCAAGAAUUAUUAUAUUUCUGCUGUGAUUAAGGAGAAGAAGAAGAGAGAAGAGAAGGCAACACCAACCAUGAGAACCUCGGAAGUCUAAUGCAGUGAUUGAGACUUUUAUUUGGAGGAGGAAACCCCUUUCCAUUCCACACUGAACUGCAGAAUGUCCUGUUGAAUUAAAUUGGAUCUUCUGUGCUGCGUCUUUUGCUGACCUUCAUCUGUCUGCCAUGUCCCCCUGCUCUGGCCUGUUUCGGGUUUGAGAUGACUGUAACGGACUCUGCCGCAUUGUAAUAGCAGCUCUUCUCCCUUCAGAGAUAUACUCCAUAAAGCAGCCUGUAAAGUCAAGCAAUUGUAAAAUAGCACUUUUUUCUUCCAUCUGAGAUGCUUUUCUUAAAGACCGUGAUCCAUAAAAAUCAUCAAGCUGGCCUUUAUGAGGCCAUUUACAAUCUUGACACCUACAGGCUGACAGGCUCCUCUGCCACACACACUCUGACUUGCUCCCUAGUGGUCCUGCACUCUAUUCACAGGCCAGCCCUCCCCUCCUCC